AUGGAGGAAAAGAAAAAGAAAGAGAAGGAAAUGAAUAGUCAAGAUAGAAAUGAGAAGCAAAAUGUGAGGUGUGAUGGUAAAGGGAAAGGCAGAUCUUCGCCCAUGGGAAUAGGGAAAAUGAUGACUUCUGAUUCUUUAUUGGUUGCCUGUGACAUUGGAUGUGAGAGAGUUCUACGGGAAAAUGCUAAAAAAUUGUCUUGUUGGAGAAGUUGCUGA